AUGAAGACCUCCAAAGCUCCCAAGUUCUUCCUCUCCCGGCGAUGGAAGCCCAACAAAUGGCCUUUCUACGUCUUGCUUGGCAUUGAGCUGCCAUUGACAGUUGCGCUGCUCGCGCUCUUCGGCAUUGCAGCGCCAAACACGUACCGUACCAGGCUGUGGCAAGACGGCGCAGACAAUGGCUUCAACUCGAGCCCAACGACGGGCUUGUACGCCGCGGCGAACUACAGACCGUACACGACUCCACGGGUCUGGUCGCAGUUCAUCACCGACUACAACGUCGUGAUCGCCGUUCUCAGCAUGUUCAUCAUGCUCGUCAAAUCAAUCAUGUACAUGCUCCAUGUCUUCCCGCCUGUUCUCGCGGUCCUCGUCCAUACAGGCCUCCUGGUCCUCUAUGCCGUCUCCAUAGACUACCAAGCUUCCAGCGACACCACCGACCCGGAACACCCUCAGCACGGGGCGCCAUGGUACAUAACCGAGAACUGCAACGUCGCGCACAACAAGGAUAACAUCCAAUACUGCGAGCAGGCCAAAGCCAGUUUCGCAUGCACGUGCGCCAUGCUGGGCUUAUUCGCGGUGUACUUCGGGCUCGCCCUGUACAGCUGCUUCCCCAACCAGCAGCAGCGAGAGGAAUACGCGGAGAAGCAACGGCUUAAGGCUGAACGAUGGGCCAAAUUCGAGACAUACCAGGAUGCGGAGACCGGAGAGACGACCGUGGCGCGGUUCCCCGUGCCGGAAACACCUGGCUUGCAAGCGAAGCAUCCCAUGACGCCGAGGACAAUGGCCUUCAACACCCUCGGCGGGACAAAGGAUUUGCCAUUGAGAAGUCACUUGAGCUCCCCCAGCGCGCCAGUAGCUCCCACGGCACCAUCCCUGGACACUCGAAGCCCCGACAUCCCCAGAAGCCCGAUGAGCCCGGGCUUUCUCAGCCGCGUUGGACUCGGCACAGAUAAGAGCAAUGGGAAGUCGCCUGAGGUCGAGCACUUCAGCCCACAAAACGGCGCAACCCCGCAGCUGUACUUCCCGCCACCACCGAAGACAUCGAAGAAGUAA